AUGUGGCCAUUUCUUAUAGUGAUAUGUCUGUCCCAAGGACUUGUGAAAUCAAAAGAACACGUAAGAGCAAAAAGAGCUGCAGAUCCAGAAGCGUUUAUGAGUAUUAACCAACUCAUCAUGUACAGGGGCUACCACAGUGAAGAAUAUGAAGUAGUGACAAAUGAUGGCUAUAUUCUUAGCAUCAACAGAAUCCCAUUUGGCAUUAAGAACCAAGGGAACUCAGUUGUGAAGCCUGUGGUGUUUCUCCAACAUGGCUUGCUAGGAGAUGGAAGCAACUGGGUCACCAACUUGGACAACAAUAGUUUGGGCUUUGUCCUUGCAGAUGCUGGCUAUGAUGUUUGGAUUGGAAACAGCCGAGGGAAUAUCUGGUCCAGAAGACAUCAAAAUAUGUCUGUAUAUCAAGAAGAGUUUUGGGCUUUCAGUUUUGAUGAGAUGGCCAAGUAUGAUCUUCCAGCUGUUCUGAACUUUAUUCUGCAAACCACUGGACAGCAACAAUUAUACUACAUUGGCUAUUCGCAGGGUGCUGCGAUAGCAUUUAUAGCAUUUUCAACAAUGCCAGAGUUAGCCCAAAAGAUCAAAAUGUUUUUGGCCUUAGCUCCUGUAACUAGAAUUAAGUAUGCAAGAAGCCCUGCAGUAAAGCUUAUGAGCCUUCCAGAAAAACUUCUCAGGGUAAUGCUUGGCAAAAAAGAAUUCCUUCCCCGGAACAGAUUACUCAAAAAGAUUAUUGUUCCAUUGUGUAGCUACAGAUUUUUUUCUGGUGUUUGUGGAAAUGUCUUCUUCCUUCUGGGUGGCUAUAAUAUGGCAAAUAUGAAUAUGAGUCGAGUAAAUGUGUAUGUUGCUCGGACACCAGCAGGAACAUCUGCUCAGAAUAUAUUUCAUUGGAGUCAGGUUUUCCACUGUGGACUAUUUAAAGGUUAUGAUUGGGGUCCGGAGGUCAAGAAUAAGGAGAAACACAAUCAGUUUACUCCUCCCUUAUAUAAGAUAGAAGAUAUGGACGUUCCAACUGCAGUAUGGACUGGAGGACAAGAUCUGCUUUCAGACCCAGAAGAUGUUGCUAUUUUACUCUCUCAGAUUAAAAAUCUGGUAUUCCAUAAAGCAAUUCCAAGAUGGGCUCACCUGGAUUUCAUCUGGGGCCUGGAUGCACCUCAAAACAUGUAUAAUGAUAUUAUUAAUCUGAUGAGGCAGCAUGCAUAA